AUGCCGCACCCUCUGGGCGCUGUGGCGUCGAUCCAAGAGGAUCCAGUACGACUGCUUCGGACCUAUCGGUUUGCCUCUCGCUAUGGCUUCGAGCUCGACGACAGCAUACAUGACGCGGAGGAUGCAAACCGGCUGUUCAAAGCCACUCCGCCGGGCCGUGUCCUCUUUGAGGUGAAAAAGAGCUUGCUGCUGCACAACCGGCCCAGCCAAUUCUUGGCCCACCUGGCUGGGCCGAGCGAAGUGCACCGCCACUUGUUUGAGGCAGCCGGCGCUGCCACUCUCGACCCCUGGCAGGCAUGUGUCGGCAAGGUCGGCCGGCUGGAGGCAUUGGUGCUCGACGGCGUGGGCAGGGGCAUUCUGACGGCACGCAGUGUGCAGUGGCGCGGUCGCCGGCCAGAUUCUACGCAGGCAGGGCUACUGGCGCCAGACUGGCGCAAGUCGGGCGUGUGGGAGGCCGACUGGGUGGAGCUGCUGCUCGGGGCACUGUUGUGGCGCUGCAGCCGUGACGCCGUCCAGAAGGUCGGCGCGGCACUGCAGCUGUCCCACAGGAUGGUGGAGAACGUUCUCGUGCUGCAGGGGCAGGCGCGGCAGAAGCAGAUCUCGAAGCAGACGGCGCCCCCAGGCGUGCACCUGCUGCGCUGUGCUGUCGCUAGCGGCGAGACUUUCGACGAGUUCUGGGACCGAUGGCCCAAGGAGAACGCAGGACAUGACGCGUCUGCGCGGGGCUAA